AUGGACAGCCACAACCAUCCCGAGGUAGCCCACGAUGAGAAGGAAAUACCACUCCACGGCGCCGACGCAGAUGUCCCCAAGUCUGCACUGGCCGCGGAGGCCAAGAAUGCGGCAGACGAAGAGCACCGGAUGACUUUGCGGACCGCUCUCAAGCUAUACCCAAAGGCAAUUGGAUGGUCAAUGCUGUUAUCUAGCACGCUAAUCAUGGAAGGUUAUGACCUCGCCCUCCUCGGAUCGCUAUACGCCUCGCCAGUAUUUAACCAGAAAUUUGGAACACAGAACCCGAUAUCUGGAAAAUGGGCCGUUUCUGCAGCAUGGCAGUCUGGUCUCUCCAACGGUGCCAGAGCGGGUGAAAUCUUCGGGUUGAUCUUUGCUGGAUGGGCGGCAGACCGUUGGGGAUACAAGUAUACUACCAUGGGAAGUUUGCUUCUGAUUAUUGCAUUCGUUUUCGUGUUGUUCUUCGCCCCCAAUGUUCAAGUACUUGUUGUAGGGGAAAUACUCUGCGGCAUCCCGUGGGGUGCUUUCCAAUCCGUCACUCCAGCCUAUGCUUCAGAAGUAGCACCAUUGGUCCUACGACCAUAUCUGACGACAUUUAUCAACAUGUGUUGGGUCAUAGGACAGUUUUUUGCUGCGGCCGUAAAUCGAAGCUCUGUAAAUAGAACUGACGAGUGGGCCUAUAAGAUCCCAUUCGGUGUCCAGUGGGUUUGGCCAGUACCGAUUCUAGCUGGUCUGAUAUUUGCUCCUGAAAGUCCUUGGUGGUAUAUUCGACACAACAACCGAGAAGCGGCGCGAAAGAGCCUAUUGAGGCUCACCAAUCCCAAGGACACAAAUUUCAACGUUGACGAAGCGAUUGCCAUGAUCGAACACACAAAUCAGAUGGAGAAGGAACUGAAAGCAGGAACUACUUUCCGUGAUUGCUUCCGGGGUGUCGAUUUGAGAAGAACAGAGAUUGUUGUUGGAAUCUGGCUAGUCCAGACUUUGGGAGGACAAAACAUCAUGGGAUACUUUGCAUACUUUCUAACCCAAGCAGGCAUGGAUGCAACUAAUUCGUUCUCUUUGUCGAUGGCCCAGUACGCCCUCGGCAUGAUCGGAACCGCUGGAUCCUGGUUCUUGAUGUCAAGGGUUGGACGAAGAACAAUUCACUUCUCUGGACUCUGCACUCAGUUCCUGCUUCUGAUUAUCGUGGGGUCGCUCGCCUUUGCCGGCACUAACGGAUCGAUCUGGGCCAUUGGUGCACUGCUGAUCAUCUUCACGUUUGUCUAUGACUUUACUGUCGGCCCCGUCACCUAUUCUCUAGUGUCGGAGUUGUCAAGCACGAGGCUCAAAGCAAAGACGAUUGUACUUGCCCGCGCGGCAUACAACGCAAGCAAUAUUUUUGUUAAUGUCAUGACAAAUUACCAAUUGAGCUCAACGGCGUGGAACUGGGGAGCGAGGGCAGCAUUCUUCUGGGCUGGCACUUGCAUUUUGAGCGCGGUGUGGGUUUUCUUUCGCUUGCCAGAACCGAAGGGGCGAACAUAUGCUGAACUCGACAUGCUUUUCGAACAUCAAGUGCCAGCUCGCCAAUUUGCCAAGACGAAGAUUGAUCCUUAUGAAAACCCAACCAACGGCGGCGAGCAGACAUUAAUGGAAAAAGAAGGUCGAGAAGAUGCGAAGUUGGCGUCCGCAUGA